AUAAGUUCAUUGUCUAUUUUAAAACAUGAAAUCGUUUUAUAUUUAGGCGGAAAACAAAUUAAAUAUUAUUUUGUAUGAGAGAUUGUGUAAAGAAUUUAUUUAACAUUUACAAAAAUGUCUAAAGUAGUGAACACGAAUGGAUAUAAGCCGGGCAGUAUCUACAGAAUAGCGCUUGAAAACUUUUUAACAUAUAAAGAAGUGGAGUUAUACCCUGGUCCCUCUUUGAACGUGAUAAUAGGUCCAAAUGGCACGGGAAAGUCAACUUUUGUGUGUGCUAUUAUUUUGGGUUUAUGUGGAAAAACCAGUGUUAUCGGAAGAGCUAAAAAGAUAUCUGAAUAUGUAAGGUGUGGUUGCGAACAAGCAAGUAUAGAAUUAGAGCUAUAUCAGAAACCAGGGCAGAGGAAUGUAAUCAUCACUAGAAGUUUCAAUCUUAAAGAACUAUCCAUGUGGUAUAUAGACCAUAAAACGGUUAGAGAGAAGCAGGUUCAGGAAUUAAUUGCAUCUUUUAAUAUACAGGUUGACAACCUCUGCCAACUACUACCACAAGAUCGCGUGCAGGAUUUCUCCAAGAUGGAUCCUCAACAGUUACUCCGAAGCACCUUAUCAGCUGUUGGAGGUCAGGACAGUGUGACGCAGCUCGACGAGCUGAUAAGCACGAGGAAUGAACAACGCUGCUUGAAUACUACACUAGAGAAUAAUGCUCAGAUGCUGCAAGAGCAGACUAGGUUGAACGAACGACUUAAAGUUAUAAUAGAUACAAUGAAUCAGCGUAAAGAAAUAGAGCACGAAAUUGAAAUUUGCGAAAAGAAAAAGCUAUGGAUAGAAUAUCAAGAACUAAGAGAAAAAGUAGUUGAAUAUACCAAUGAUAAGAAGGAAGCAGUUAAAUUAGUUACGUCACAUAAGAGUAAGAUGGAGCCACUAGAAAAGGUGUUGGAAAAAGCUAAAAGUGGGAUAAGUAAGAUGGAACAACAAAAGUUGAAUGCUGGUAGAGAACUGCACUCUCUAAAAGACAAAGUAAAAGAAACGUUAGACACAGUGCGAUCACAAGAAUACAUGUUAAAAGAUUUAGACACGGCGUUCCAAGAGAAAUUGGAACGGCAUCAGAAUAAAAAACAGGAGCUAUUGGAGGCUAAAACUAAGUUGGAAAAGCUGGUUACUGAUAAGGAAAGACUGGUGGAAAUUGUUGGUGAUGAGAGUAGAGUAAAAAUGGAAUUGGCCGAACUCCACAAGCCAAUAUCGAAGACGAAUGCGGCUAUUGAUACUUUAAAGAAACAGAAGUUAGAAGUGCAGUAUGAUUUGGAGAAUAAUGUUACACCUCAGAUACGGCUGUAUCAAAACAAAAUACGUAAUCUAGAAGACGUAGAUCUAAAGAGACUAGAAGUGCUCCGCUCUUACAGCGAAGACGCAUACAAUGCUGUAAUGUGGUUGAGAGAAAAUAAGGAGAUGUUCGAACACCAUGUGUACGAACCUAUGAUGAUGGAGAUAAACUUCACCGACCCGAAGUUCGCGCGUUACCUAGAAGCGACAGUCGCCGCUCGAGAUCUAGUUGCUUUCACGUUCGAAUCCAGUCGGGAUAUGAACUUGUUUCUAAAGAAAGUUCGAGAAACUGGCCUGAAACGGGUGAACGCUGUGUGCAGCCCGCCGGAUAGUUUCAAUAUGCAGCGGCAGGAUAUAUCGCAGUUGAGCUACCUGGGCUUCUACACGUACCUGUCGGACACGGUGCGCGCCCCGGAGCCGAUACUGCGCUACCUGUGCGCGCACUACCGCCUGCACCGCGUGCCGCUCGGCGACGCGCACACGUACGGGAACAGCGCCAACGUGCCCGCGCACAUCACGCACUUUUAUACCGAAAACCACAAGUUCACGGUACGAGUGUCAGCGUACAGUGGCGCUAAAUCGAGUUCAACUGUUGAGAUUCGUCCUGCAAGGCUAUUGGCUAAUACCGUGGAUGUUGAGCAGAUUACUAAUUUUAAUACUCAAUUGUCAAGAUUGGAACAAACAUCACAAUCUCACAGAUUAAAAAUGAAGGAGAUAGAAAACAAAUUGUCCGCCUUGGAAGUUAGUUUAAACGAAUUCAAUACAAAGAGGAAAAAGAUCAACGAAGGAGUGGAGAAGGUACGAACGUUAAGCGCACAAAUUCGUCUUCAAAACAAAAAGAUUCAAGAUAUAGAAAACGAGCCGACACUCAACAUAGAACAAGAGAAAGAAAAGACCAAGAGGAGACAGAGGGAGAUUGUGUUACAGCAGUGUUUGGCGCAAGAGGAGUUAAGAGGGAGUAUGAAGGAGUUGCAAGGGAAGAUGUUAGAUAGGGAAUUGUGGACGGUGAAAUUGGAUAUAAGCAGGAAUGCAAUUGUGCAACAGGAGUCGCAAUUAAGGGAAUUGAGAAGCGAACUAAGAAAUGUUCAAGCCACACUAGAAAACAUAGAAAACCUCCUAACGCGUGCAAAAUCGAACGCCAAAGAGAAACUUCUAGAAGCAAAAAGAACGUGCAACAAUAAACUGCCGCAAGACGCGGAUUUUCCAUACAAACAACAAUUUGAUGAUUUACCAUCGGAUCUCACUCGAUUGCAAGAACAUUGCUUCGAGUUGCAGACGAGAAUCGAGUGUAUGGACGGUGGUGAUGACCAGGUUUUAAAAGAAUACGAAGCACGCGAAAGAACGAUAGCUAAACUCAAAAUGGACGUCAACAACUCAGCUGAUUUGAACAAGCGGCUUGAAGACAAGAUGAAUUCACUCAAAGCAAAAUGGCUGCCAUCUCUAGAAGUGCUACUGAGCAAUAUAAACAAAAGUUUUGGCGACAUGUUCGCUAAGAUGGGUUGCGCUGGUGAAAUUAAAUUGGAAAAAGCCGGUUCUGAUGAGGACUACGACAAGUACGGCGUCGGCAUAUUCGUCCGUUUCCGCGCGGACGAGCAGCUGCAGCAGCUCACGCGGCACGCGCAGUCGGGCGGCGAGCGGGCGCUCUGCACCGCGCUCUACCUGCUGGCGCUGCAGGCGCGCGCCGCCACCAGCGUGCCCUUCCGAUGUGUCGAUGAAAUCAACCAAGGCAUGGACGCUAUAAACGAACGGAAAAUGUUCCAGCUUUUGGUUAAGGUGACCACGCAGCAGGAAAACUCGCAGUACUUCUUGUUGACGCCUAAACUACUAUCAAAACUGGAGUACGACGAAAAAAUAAUGAUACACACAAUAAUGAAUGGCCAGAGAAUAAUGAACUACAGGCAAUGGAAGUAUCAGAAGCAUUUGGAAAACGCGCGAGAGUACAAAGAGUCAUGCUAAUUUCUAACUAAUAUGUAUAACUAGCUGUGCCCUGCGGUUUUACCCGCAUUGUUCCGCUCCUGUUGGUCUUAGCGUGAUGAUAUAUAGCCUAUAACCUUCCUCAAUAAAUGGACUAUCUAACAGUGAAACAAUUUUUCAAAUCGGACCAGUAGUUCGUGAGAUUAGCGCGUUCAAGCAAACAAACUCUUCAGCUUGAUAAAAUUUAUAUAGUAUAAACUAAGUAACUUGAAAUAUUGAUCUGUAUAACAUCCUAAUUACCUAACGGUAUGAUAUAGAUGUCACAGUGAAAUUGUUGGAUCAGUCGUUUAAUGAAUAGCCUAGGCGUUUCAUUAAUUGGAGACGUUAAAGCUCUAAUCUGUACUAAUAUUAUAAAGGGGAAAGGUUUGUAAUUAUGUUUGUAUAUAUGUAUGGUUUUCACGCAUAAACUACUGGACCGAUUUCAAA